AUGGCAAAAGAAUCAAAGAGUCCGAAGUCAAAAGAGUCAUUAAAGAAAAGAUCUAGAGACGAAGCAGAGAUAGAGGAAGAAGAUACAGAUAAACUAGUUAACGAAAUAGAUGAUGAUUUUGAAGAAGUAGCUGGAUUAUUAGGUGAUAAUAUAAAAGAUCCAGAAUCCAAAAAAGAUAAAAAACAAAGGAAAGAUGAAAAAAGGCUACAAGAAUUGACUAAAGCAAAAGUAUCUGAAUCUAUUGAAAUUACAAAUAAUGAUAAUAAUGAAGAUGAUGGAACUAAUUAUCUUUUUGAAAAAGCUGGAUUUUCAGAACCAACAAUGAAAGCAAUAAAUGAAAUGGGUUUUCAAAAAAUGACAAAAGUUCAAGCCAAAACUAUACCACCAUUAUUAGCAGGUAGAGAUGUAUUGGGAGCAGCAAAAACAGGAUCUGGUAAAACUUUAGCAUUUUUAAUACCAGCUAUUGAAUUACUAUAUUCUUUGAAAAUUAAACCAAGAAAUGGUACAACAGUCAUAAUAAUAACACCAACAAGAGAAUUAGCACUACAGAUAUUUGGAGUAGCAAGACAAUUAAUGGAACAUCAUUCACAAACUUGUGGUAUAGUUAUUGGAGGAGCAGAUAGAAGACAAGAAGCAACAAAAUUAGCAAAAGGAGUUAAUUUAUUAGUUGCAACACCAGGAAGAUUAUUAGAUCAUUUAAAAAACACUCAAGGAUUUGUAUAUAGUAAUUUAAAAGCUUUAAUUAUUGAUGAAGCUGAUAGAAUUUUAGAAAUUGGAUUUGAAGAAGAAAUGAAACAAAUUAUAAAGAUUUUACCAAAUGAAGAUAGACAGACGAUGUUAUUCUCUGCAACUCAAACUACAAAAGUUGAAGAUUUAGCUCGUAUUUCAUUAAGACCUGGUCCCUUAUAUAUAAAUGUUGUUCCUGAAAAAGAUGUAUCAACUGCAGAUGGAUUAGAACAAGGUUAUGUUGUAUGUGAUUCAGAUAAAAGAUUUUUAUUAUUAUUUUCAUUUUUAAAAAGAAAUGUUAAAAAAAAAAUUAUUGUAUUUUUAUCAUCAUGUAAUAGUGUUAAAUUUUAUAGUGAAUUAUUAAAUUAUAUUGAUUUACCAGUACUUGAUUUACAUGGGAAACAAAAACAACAAAAAAGAACAAAUACAUUUUUUGAAUUUUGUAAUGCAAAACAAGGAAUAUUAGUAUGUACAGAUGUUGCAGCAAGAGGUUUAGAUAUUCCAUCAGUUGAUUGGAUUAUACAAUUUGAUCCACCAGAUGAUCCAAGAGAUUAUAUUCAUAGAGUAGGAAGAACAGCAAGAGGUACACAAGGUAAAGGUAAAUCAUUAAUGUUUUUAACACCAUCAGAAUUAGGAUUUUUAAGAUAUUUAAAAGCAGCAAAUGUUCCAUUAAAUGAAUAUGAAUUUCCAACAAAUAAAAUAGCAAAUGUUCAAUCACAAUUAACAAAAUUAAUAAAAACUAAUUAUUUAUUACAUCAAUCUGCUAAAGAUGGUUAUAGAGCUUAUUUACAAGCUUAUGCUUCUCAUUCUUUAAAAACUGUUUAUCAAAUUGAUAAAUUAGAUUUAGUUAAAGUUGGAAAAUCUUUUGGAUUUGAUGUACCUCCAAAAGUUAAUAUAACUAUUGGUGCAAGUGGUAAAUCUAUAGAAAAGAAACAUAAAAAGCAAAGAAGAGAUAAAAAGUAG